AUGGCGUCCAUAGCUCCAUUUGUAACAUUAUUUUUUGUUUCGGAUUUGUAUUUCUUUAUUCUACCAUAUUCUAAUGGAGGUGUUAAAUAUUUUGAUAAUUUCAACAAAACUUGGCCGUUUAUUCAAUGUAAAAUGGAAACGGUAAAUGUUUUGUCAAUUUUACCUGCAGCUUUAAUUGAAAUAACAGCAUAUUUAAUAAUAUUUUUUUGUGGAUUCAAAAUGGUUAGAUAUGUCGAUUUAAACACUAAUCUUGAUGGAAACUUAAAAAAAUUAAAUAAACUUUUAACAAAAGUUUUGAUUAUUUUGGCUAUUGUACCAUUUAUCAACCAAUCUGGACUUUUAUUUUUCUUAAUUUCAACAACAACCAACGAUACAACAAAUAUUAUUCGAAUAUUAAUUUCCACUUUCUUUCAUUUUAUGCCCUUAUUUAACCCAAUUAUUUGUAUUUUAACAAACACCCCAUAUCGAAAUGCUAUUUUUAAUCGUUCACAAGUACAUCCACAAUGA